ACAAUCACAAAUUAUCCGAAGAUGGUAGCUUCGCCGUCCUCCUUACGCGUCUACAGAGGAAUUCUCAAAGAACUGCGGGCAAUGCAAGGACAAAAUUACAAGCAGUCUCUGGCGUACAACUACGUAACGGAUCAAUUUCGCAAAAAUCAGGUGACAGGAGAGAGGUACUGCCGUGCCCAGCAGGAGGCGCUCCAUGCCUCCCAAACAUAUCUGUGUCUGCUGGCAUCCUCCAGGAACCACCAAGCCCUGCACAACUUUUACCAUGCAAAGGGAGAGCGCAAUGCCGAAGAUGUGGCGGGCAUGGUGGGGCUCAGGUUGCCCACUCAGCCGGGAGGCAAAGGUUGGGAGAAGUGACGGUGGAAGAACUGAUGCCUACGUGAACAGCAACCUCCAAAAAAGGGAUACGCGUUAUUCAAGAAGGGCAAAGGCUAGCGACUCUACCUUAUGAUCCAGGGAGGACAUGCAUCCUGAAUCCACCUUUUGCUUUGGUCCUGCAAAUGUUUUUAAAUGUUCAAAGGUUAUGGCAGACAUUCACAAUAACCAAAAAAGGGUUUGACUUUGAUUGAGUUCUCAAUUAAACUAUUCACCUAA